CGGGCGGGGCUGCCGUUGCCAAGCGGAAGUGCGGCCGCUGCGGCGGUUGGGGUUUAAAGGCUCCGAGGCGGUAAAAGGGUGACGAGUGGCGGCAGAACGGGAGAGCUGGUCGACUUCUUGUAUAGUUUUACGUCUCGAGAGCGGUUGCAUUUCUCGGUCCCUCAUCCCAGAGGUUCCUGGGCGGAAAGGGGAGAUGGUCUCCAGAGCCGCCGAUCGACUACUGAUCGUCGUCUCGGUCCUGGAAGGGCGCUAUUUUCCAAAACGACCCAAGUACAUGCUCGUAGUUGAAGCAAAGUUUGAUGGUGAGCAGUUGGCCACUGAUCCUGUAGAACAUACUGAUCAGCCAGAAUUUGCUACGGAAUUGGCUUGGGAACUUGAUAGGAAAGCGCUUCAUCAGCACAGGCUGCAGCGUACACCUAUCAAACUCCAGUGUUUUGCUUUGGAUCCUGUGUCUUCAGCUAAAGAGAAUAUAGGCUACAUUGUACUUGAUUUAAGGGCUGUGCAGGAAAACACCCAGGCACCAAAGUGGUAUCCUCUUCUUAGUAACAAGUACACUAAAUUUAAAUCUGAAAUACAAGUAGGUGUUGUUUUGGAGACUGAUUCAAAAGCACUGGUUGGUGGUUUUAAAGCAAGAGAGGCACCCCCUAGAGAAGGGAAAGCAUUUGUCCAUCUUUCUGGACUAGACCCUGAAAGUAUUGUGCCAGUCUUGAAUGAAGAAGAGGGUUGUCAUCAAAUUGGACCAGCAGAGCACUGCAGAGACUACUUUGUCUUGUCUGUAACCAUUGCAUUUGCCACACAGUUGGAACAGCUAAUUCCUUGCACAAUGAAGCUUCCUGUACAAAGGCCUGAGUUUUUCUUCUACUACUCAUUACUGGGAAAUGAUGUCACAAAUGAACCUUUCACUGAUUUAAUUAAUCCAAACUUUGAGCCAGAAAGAGCUUCAGUUCGAAUACGUAGUACAGCUCAUGUCCUUAAAAUGUAUCUUUGUGGACAGGCAAAGUUGCAGAUCCAUCUGUGCUGUGGGGACCAGUCUCUUGGAAGCACUGAAAUACCCUUGUCUCUACUUCUGAAGAAAGGAAAUGUGGAGAUUGAUCAACACCCUUUGGCAAUAGAAGGAGCAUUUACCCUUGUUCCACCAAAUAGGGCUAAGCAGAAACUACCACAGUUGCCUUUGGAUAUGGCUCCUACUGUUGGGGUAUCUGUGACUCUACAGAAGGAGGGCUUAAGUACCCAGCCUUUAAUUCCCACAAAUGCUCCAACUGAACCUAAACAGCCACAGGAGAAUGUUCUUCCGCUUAGUAAUGGAAAAACAGAGGGCCUGAAACAGAAGUCACAGGAUGUCCUAUCUAAAGCUGACCACUCAUCUGCAGCAGAAGGUGAAGCAACAGAAAGUGAAGUGGAGAGCCUGAAGUUUGAAGAAGGCACGAAACUAAAGAAAAAGGGGCUUAUGGCUGAUUCUUGCCAAGAGGUCAACAAACAAUUUACUGAAGUGCUUCCAGGUUUCAAGUCUCAGACCAGAGCAAAGUCACCUCUAUUGUCAGAUCUACAAAAUUCCACUGACCCUAAUGGUCCAGUAGCAGCAUCUCAACCUAUCCCUGUGCAUGCAUCCAGUUCUUCUGAGCCUGUGUCAUCACAGAAAAUUGUCAUUCCAGCAGCCUCUCACCAUUUUUGCUUUUCAAUAGACUUAAGAAGUAUACGUGGUCUGGAAGUUGGUUUUCCAAUAAAUUGUAUUUUAAGGUACUCAUAUCCAUUUUUUGGCAGUGCAGCCCCUAUUAUGACAAGCCCUCCUGUAGAAGUCAGAAAAAACAUGGAAGUCUUUCUUCCACAGUCCUAUUGUGCGUUUGACUUUGCAACUAUGCCUCAUCAGCUUCAAGAUACGUUCCUCAGAUUACCUUUGCUGGUUGAACUGUGGCACAAGGAUAAAACAGCUAAAGACUUACUUAUAGGGGUGGCAAGACUUCAGCUUUCAAAUGUUUUGGCUUCGGAAAAAAUGCGGUUCUUGGGUGGUAAUGGUGAACAAUGCUGGCGUCAGACUUGUAAUGAAACAGUCAGUGUCACAGCAGCACAAGGGUCAGGCAACAGAGUAGCAGAGAUUUCAUAUGCUAUCACUUUGGAAGACUACGGACUUGUGAAAAUACAAGAAGUUCUGGUGUCAGAUUCUUCUCAAUGUGUAGGUGCUGGUCAUCAACGGCAUGUUGCUCACACUCAGCCUCAUGCCCCUGAAAACCAUCCACAACCUCGAGAAACUCUUGAAUACAAAGCAGCACUGGAGUUAGAAAUGUGGAAGGAAAUGCAAGAGGACAUUUUUGAAAAUCAGCUUAAGGAGAAGGAAAUGGCUCAUAUGCAAGCACUUGCAGAAGAAUGGAAGAAAAGAGACAGAGAGAGAGAGGCAUUAGUGAAGAAAAAGGUAGCAGAAUAUACUGUUUUGGAAGAACAACUUCAGAAAACCCUGAGAGAUCUAGAUAAGCGAGAACGACAGCUUUUUAGUGCUGAAUCAGAGCUUCAAAGAGUAAAGAAGGAGUUGCAAGCAGAGCAUGAACGCAGUCUGCAGGAGCUACAGGACUCUGUGCGGCGAGCCAGGGAAGAUUGUGCACACCACAUUGAGCUAGAAAGGUCAAAAAUCAAACAAGUGGAAGAAGACAAGCUUCGUUUACAGCAGCAGCUUUAUGAAGCAGAAAAUAAGCAUAAAAUUUUGGAGAAGGAGUUCCAGCAGUACAAAGAACAGCAAAGCAGCAAACCAGAAAUCCAGCUACAAUCUGAAAUAAAUCUUCUCACUUUAGAAAAGGUUGAACUUGAAAGAAAGUUAGAGUCAGCUACCAAGUCAAAGCUUCACUACAAACAACAAUGGACAAGGGCUUUGAAAGAACUUGCAAGAUUAAAACAGCGUGAACAAGAAAAUGCAAUGGCUCACCUUAAAAAGCAGCAACAAGAGCUGGAGCACAUGAGGUUGCGCUAUUUGGCAGCAGAAGAAAAAGAGCUGGGGAAAACAGACCGUCAGGAGCUGGAGGAUAUCAGAAAUGAACUUAACAGGCUAAAGCAACAAGAAGAAGAGAGAAAUCAAUUGCAAAAUGGUAGAGAUAAUUCUGCUGGUAGAGUGGACUGUCUUCAUUCUAAAAAACUAAAUGAGGGUAUGGAUGAUUAUCUCUCUCGUCUGAUAGAAGAGAGGGAUACCCUGUUGAGAACGGGAGUAUAUAAUCACGAAGACCAUAUUGUAAGUGAACUUGAUCGUCAAAUCAGAGAAGCUAUUGCGAAAAGGAACAUCACUAAAUAAAAGCACUCAAAAUUACUAAAAAGAGCCAAAUUUGGGCAGGAUAAGAAACUUUAAUGAACUUGUACUACUUACCAAAAUAUGCAAGAUCAUGCUGAUUUUUCGACGCUUUUUUAAUCUCUCUUUGAAGUCGGUGUAAGUAUUUGCAAUGUGUUAAGUGAAGUUUCAUGGGGAUGAUGGCGCUUUUUUAAUGAUUUUAUACUUAUAUGUAUAUAUGUGUAAAUAUAUUUAUCUUGUGUACUCUUCUUUCUGAAAUGUUUUCUACCUCUAUGCAUCACCUUGACUAGGUUUAUUUGUAAUAUUUUUAAUAUUCAUUCUAAGAUUCCUGGUCAAUACUGUCAUAACUUAUUUCCAUUUUUGAAAAAGAUCUUGUCAUGUGGACUAGGGAAAAGUGGCACCAGCUGUGUUUCCUGACAGAGCUCUUAGUUCUCAACCAAAGUGCAUCAUAGAUCAAAUGUCACUUUUUUACUAAAUCACAAAAUAAUCAAUUUUUGCUUUUAACUGUAGCUUAUAUAACUAAAUUCUGUAGUAAAUGAGGGGAGGAAACUCUUAAACCUUAAAAACUGAAACUGAAUCAAUUGCUAAGCUAACCCAAUUGUCCAGGGUGAAAAUCCCUUUGUUGCCCUAGAAGUUUUGCACAUAUGCCUGUAAUGGUGAACCCUGGAGAGCAAAUACCAAGUUCAGAAGUAUACAUGCUUUCUUAUAUCAAUCCUUAAUGUAGAGAGAUACUUGAAGCAUUAAUUGAGUGAAUUUGUGCACUUUAAAUUCUGAGCACAUACAUAAAAUUACAGAUUUCUAAAUGAAGAUGCUUUACUUAAUCAAGACCUAACC